AUUUUCAUUUUAAUUCUUAGGCGGCCUGGAGGAGAUAGGAUAUAUAAUGUCUUUGACAAUCAGCUUCCUGCUGCUUUACGGAAGCUUCCAUUUGAUCGGCAUCUUUCUCUCCAGAAUGUAAGAAAAGUGGUGUCAGAGGCUGAUGGUUAUCAGCCUCACUUGAUUGCCCCAGAGCAAGGUUACAGGCGCCUGAUUGAGGGGGCUCUUGGUUACUUUAGAGGCCCAGCUGAAGCUUCAGUAGAUGCUGUUAAUUUCGUUUUAAAAGAACUCGUGAGGAAGUCAAUAGCUGAAACUCAGGAGCUGAAGCGCUUCCCAACAUUUCAAGCUGAACUAGCUGCAGCAGCAAAUGAAGCUUUAGAAAGGUUUCGUGAAGAGAGUAAGAAGACAACUCUUCGGCUUGUAGACAUGGAAUCUUCUUAUCUCACUGUGGAUUUCUUUCGGAGACUUCCUCAAGAAGUGGAGAAAUCUGGUACUCCUGCUGCUGCCACAAACAUUGAUCGAUAUGCCGAAGGACAUUUCAGGAGAAUUGCAUCUAAUGUGUCAUCCUAUAUAGGGUUGGUGGCUGAUACUCUUAGAAAUACAAUUCCAAAGGCUGUUGUUUAUUGUCAGGUCAGGCAAGCAAAACAGUCAUUGCUACACCAUUUCUACACACAAAUAGGGAAGAAAGAGGUACAUUCUCUAGGCUCUUACUUUCUCUCAGUUUAUCUCUUAAGAAAGUGCACAUUUUUCCUUAAUGGAUAGUGAUAACAACUUUGGGGAAAUUACUCUACAAAAGCUAGCCAUUGUAGUGGGAGAGCUCAAGGCCUUGUAUAUUCUAAACUAUAUUCCCAUUCAUUUGAUGUGGAACUCAAGUCUCUUACCCUGCAAUUGGAUCUGAAGAUCCCACCACACUCUGCAGCCACCAGCAUCCAUGCAUGUGGCAGUGGCCCCUUCAACUAAUCCUAGCCAUACACUGCCAUACCAACAUCACCACCCGUGUUGCUCACUUGCAGCCAAGAGACAUGAUGAAAAGCUUUGAUACCUAUUGAUAAGAACCUUAGGGAGAACUGCACCACAAAAGUUAGUUGUUGUAGUUGGAGAGACUAGGGUCUUAUAAACCACACAUUAUAAUUUCAUACUUCUAAUGUGGGAGUGAGACUGAAGACCCAUACCUUGCAAUUGAAUCCUAAGUUCUAACAAAUUGUUGCAAUUCUGUAACUUCAGUUAAGUUGACCCAGAUGGACUCUGCCAAUCAUAAUUAUAUAGUAUCGAGUUGCCUUUCUGACAUUUGAUUUAUCUAAUCAUUCACAUUUUUAGGUAAAAACUAUUUUAUAUUUGUUAGAGAUAGUGAAAUAUUCUUGGGGACAAUUUGUUAUAGAUAAUCAUCUUUACCUACAUGAUAUGCUCCAAAUACUGUUACCAUCGAAGGAUUAGUCAGUUGGCCUUUAUAUUAUAACAUGCUUCCAAAAAUUUAAGUCUAGGGGUAAUUUUGUGUAAAUUUUAGUUAACAUAAAUGAUAAUAAAUAUUGAUAAACCCUUUUAGUUGUAUCAAUACAAAAUUUCUUGAAACUAUAUCGUUUCUGUUGAGAUCUAUGGUAAGUGCUUUGAAUAUAAAAAUUAUGUAGUUAUAUAAUUAUUUGAAUGUGUAAUGGUUUGAGCCAUCCAUGAAGAGGGCAUACAAAUGAACCAUCAAAUUUUUAUUAUGGUGCUAUAUUUACUUGAUAAUUUAUCUUAUGUUUAUAAAGUAUGUAAAACAAAACUUGAAUUUUGCUUGGAAUGUGAUGUUAAGAGAAUGGAGCAGGUCAUUUGGUCUAUGAGCCUACAUUUGAUAGAAGACAAGAAUUUAUUCUACUAUUUGGUGGUAAAAAGGAAAAUGUUAUAAAAUGCAUAUUUAAACAUGUAUAUUUAAUUGUAGUUAAAUAUAGUAUAUUCAAUCUAGGGUAAAAGCCACAUUAGUUUGUUGAAGGAAGGGGGUAAUAUCCGUUUGUCGUCUCCACUGGAUCAUUCUGUCAAAUGAUUCAUU